UGUGUGUGUGUGUGUGUGUGUGUGUGUGUGUGUUUGGGAUGAAGCGCCUGUGGGACAAACACUUCCCGUUGCUCAUCCUUCUCUAUCUGGUAGGAGACGUCACCUCACAGGUUAACCCAGGUGUGUGUCGGUACCCUCUGGGGAUGUCAGGAGGGCAGAUUCAGGAUGAAGACAUCUCAGCCUCCAGUCAGUGGUCUGAGUCGACUGCUGCUAGAUACGGCAGGUUGGACUUUGAGGAGGGUGAUGGUGCGUGGUGUCCAGAGAGAACGGUGGAACCAGACAGCCUGAAGGAGUUCCUCCAGAUAGACUUGCGUUCCCUCCACUUCAUCACCCUGGUGGGCACCCAGGGCCGCCACGCAGGGGGCAUCGGCAACGAGUUCGCCCAGAUGUACAAGAUCAAAUACAGCCGUGACGGCAGCCGCUGGAUCUCCUGGAGGAACAGGCAAGGCAAACAGGUCAUUGAGGGGAACAGGAAUGCAUAUGACAUCAUGCUGAAGGACCUGGAGCCUCCGAUCAUCGCCCGCUUCGUGAGGUUCAUGCCCGUCUCAGACCACUCUAUGAACGUCUGCAUGAGGGUGGAGCUCUACGGCUGUGAAUGGCUCGACGGUUUGGUGUCCUACAACGCUCCAGCAGGAGAACAGAUGAGUCUAGAGGGCCAGCCUGUCCACUUCAACGACUCGGUGUACGACGGAGCCGUCAUCUACAGUAUGAAGGAGGGCCUGGGCCAGCUGACUGAUGGGAUGUGUGGAUUAGAUGACUUCACUCACAGCCACGUCUACAAUGUGUGGCCUGGCUACGACUACGUAGGUUGGACCAACGAGAGCUUCCCCAACGGAUACGUGGAGAUCAUGUUCGAGUUCGACCGCACACGCAACUUCACCACCAUGAAGGUGCACUGUAACAACAUGUUCAUGCGGCAUAUCAAGGCAUUCCGCCAGGUGGUGUGUUACUUCCGUUCCGAGGCUGACUGGGAGGCCACGCCCCUUUCCUUCAGCCCUGUGGUGGACGACGUCAAUCCCAGCGCCCGAUUCAUCACUGUCUCUCUGGCCAAUCACAUGGCCAGUGCUAUGAAGUGCCAUUUCUACUUCGCUGAUGCCUGGAUGAUGUUUAGCGAAAUCACCUUCCAGUCCGACACAGCCAUGUACAAUACUACCCUGGCUCCACCCAAGACUGGCAGUGGCCCCCCCACCAGCACUCAACCAGGGGAUGACCCCACCCACAAAAUAGACGACAGCAACACCAGAAUUCUGAUUGGCUGCCUGGUGGCCAUCAUCUUCAUCCUCGUCGCCAUCAUCGUCAUCAUCCUCUGGAGGCAGGUCUGGCAAAAGAUGCUGGAGAAGGCCUCGCGGCGGAUGCUGGACGAUGAACUAACUGCUAGUCUGUCACUACAGAGCGAGACAUUCGCCUACAGCCACAACAACCCUUCAUCAUCGUCAGCACUCAGCGAACAGGAGUCUAGCUCCACCUACGAGCGUAUCUUCCCCCUGGGCCCUGACUACCAGGAGCCUUCACGACUGAUACGCAAGCUGCCUGAGUUCUCCCACAGCUCGGAGGAGGCCGCAUUAACUAGCACAGUGGUGGCAGUGACAGCCUCCAAGGCUCCCACGGCAACAUUUGCCCAGGACGGAGUCCCUCACUAUGCCGAGGCAGACAUCGUCAACCUGCAGGGCGUAACCGGGGGCAACACGUACGCGGUCCCUGCUCUAACCAUGGACCUGCUGUCAGGGAAGGAUGUGGCGGUGGAAGAGUUCCCCAGAAAACUGCUCACCUUUAAAGAAAAGCUGGGCGAGGGACAGUUUGGAGAGGUCCACCUGUGUGAGGCAGAGGGCAUGCAGGAGUUUAUGGAUGAGGAUUUCUCCUUCGACAUCAGUGACAACCAGCCAGUACUGGUGGCUGUUAAGAUGCUAAGAGCAGACGCUAACAAAAACGCCAGGAACGACUUCCUGAAGGAGAUUAAGAUCAUGUCUCGUCUGAAGGACCCUAACAUCAUCCGUCUGCUGGCCGUGUGUAUCUGCAGUGACCCCCUCUGCAUGAUCACAGAGUACAUGGAGAAUGGAGACCUCAACCAGUUCCUGUCCCGCCAUGAACCUGAGGGACAGCUAGCGCUCAUCAGCAAUGCACCCACUGUCUGCUACAGUAACCUGUGCUACAUGGCCACUCAGAUUGCCUCAGGGAUGAGGUACCUCUCCUCGCUCAACUUUGUCCACAGAGACCUGGCCACGAGGAACUGUCUGGUGGGGAAGAACUACACCAUCAAGAUCGCUGACUUUGGCAUGAGCAGGAACCUGUACAGCGGAGACUACUACCGCAUCCAGGGCCGGGCCGUGUUGCCCAUACGAUGGAUGUCCUGGGAGAGCAUACUGCUGGGAAAGUUCACCACAGCCAGUGAUGUGUGGGCAUUUGGGGUGACGCUGUGGGAGACCCUGACCUUCUGUAACGAGCAGCCUUACUCCCAGCUGACUGACGAACAGGUCAUAGAGAACACUGGCGAGUUCUUCAGGGAUCAGAAACGACAGGUCUACCUUCCCCAGCCAGUGCUGUGUCCUGACUCUGUGUAUAAGAUCAUGCUGAAUUGUUGGAGGAGGAACACCAAGGAGAGGCCUUCCUUCCAGGAGAUCCACCGAGCACUGCUGGAGAGCCAAGCUUAGGGCCAGUACCCCUGGGCCGGGCCAGCACACACACACACAUACAGACAGACGGACAGAUGAAACGCAUCAACAACACAUUACGCAUCCAUCAAAAGUUCAACUCAAUUCAACUAAUGAUGCACGGAAAAAGAAAGGCAAAAAUUACAAAUGGCUGUCAGAUUGUCUCAGAUAGAGAAGCCAAAGUGAAUUGUAGCAAUGAAAGUUCGGUAUUUUUAAAAAUGUAUAAUUUAUUCAAAAUUAUACUAUAAAUGAGUGUUCCCACCUUGUUUAAUGUAGUGUAUGGUAAUGGCACGUCUAUGAAUUAAAUUGUGUUUUCUUUAAGAAGACUGCUUGAAUGUAAAUAAGAAUGCAAGUUUCAUGGAUGUCUUAACAAAACAUAAGUGUUCAGUUUGGAGAUUUUUGGUGAAUUUUUAUAUUUGAAAAGGUUUUUCAUCUCAGUCAUUCUGACAGUUUAUUCAAAGCCAACAGGGAUAAUUAUGUUUUCAUAAAAAUAAUGCAUUAUAAGACUUGUCAUAAGCAUGAUCCUGUCUUAUUAUAAGCCCAUUUCAAUUAACAUUAUAACAUUAAACCUAUUGGCUUUUGAUUAAGGAGUUACAAAUUCAUAACAUGGACAUUAACCAAAACUCAACCAUGUCUCAACUGUAGUACUCUGGUAUAUACUCUGCUACAGUGUCUGCCAGUGAUAUUUGACCAAGAGUGCUCAGAGACAUCAAUAUGUAUGUACUUCUCAAAUAUUCAUAUUUUGUAUUUAUAUGUAUUGUUUAUUUGUUUGUUCUGUUUGCUUCUUGUUUACAGUACCAGUCAAAAGUUUGGA